UGAUUGAACCGAACGGAACCCUAGCAAGGAAUAUGGCUGCUGAAACCGACGCGAGAUGCCAGGGAGACGUAAGAAAGCUAUCCUUCUUCUUUGAGAAACUCGGCGCCUCUUCUCCUCCUGAUACAAGAAAAAGUUCAGAAAUCACCAAUCGAAAAGGUUGCGGAGGAUCCGCUGGUUCAGGCACCUGUACAGGCUGUACUCCUGUCGUCUCCAUGGGGCUGAAUGAGUUCAGACGACUGGUGGCUGGUGGAGGUGCUUCUGUGGACAAACGACAAUGUGUGCCCUGCGAUGAAUGUUCUAACUCGCACCCCCGUUUUUCUUGUUGCCCUUACACCCCUUGUCGUAUUUGUGACAGGGUUCACCCCCGCUCUGCUCGUUGCCCUUACUUCUACCAUCUCCCACAGGGGGCAACUUUUCCCCCUGGAUAUGAAAUAGUUUGACAAUGUGGUAAUGCAUUUAAUGAGGAAAAGUGGGCUUGUAGCUCUUGUGGUGGGAGCAUGCCGGUGCUUAAGGCCAAGUAUUGUUCCAUUUGUAAUGUCGGGUAUCAGCACUGUGUAUAUGAAUGCCCAGAGGAUCAGGUUCUUGCUGCUGAGUAUAAAUCGAUUAGAGACAAGAUCCUUUCACGUGUGCUGAUUCCCCAUCGCCCUCUAUCCAGAAUCAUCAUCAGGAAUUCCCUAUGUUCCAACUACUCCUUCCUCGUUGGUUUGUGGAGACAUGAAAGAAGGCAAGGACUCCGUCGAUAUUCCAGAAGUGUUGUCAGGAAUGACCUAUUCUCCAACUGCUCGUCCGGGGGUUUAUGAAGACAUGAACAUAGGCACACCUUGGUGGAAGCCUAUUUCGUAGAUCCUGUAAUCUGAUGGCACCAGAGAGGAUUUAGGGAAUGCAACUUUAUGAGUUUAAUGUGAUUUUAUUGAGCAGAUAAUUAAACACGCCUGGAGAACUUUUUAAUAGCUCAAGUGUUUUAAUGUAAAUAAUGGUAUGUGCCUGUGUGUGAU